UAUGACUUUUUUUUGAUGUGUAAUAAGUUUCCAUUUCAGUCUUUUCUGAAAUGAAAAUCUACUAUAUUUUAUUCGUACUAUUCAUGAAUAUAUUUUCUUAUGUGAAUGCUAUUAUUCCAUCGUUAUCCGUACACAAAAUUGAUAGUAAAAUAAUAGAAAAAAAGCGACAAGAUACUUUAGAAAUAUGUCGGAUAUUUAAUGAGCAAAAUGAAUUGCUGCAAAAAGCAUCGAAAGACGAUAUUAAAAGCAUAAAUAAUAGGUUCAAAAGAGAUUUAGUUCCCCAUGACGUAGGUAAUCCUCUUUUAAAUAGUGAAGAUUUGAGAAGAGUUGAAAAUAUAGUAGACAAACUGUAUGACGAUAAUAUGGAACAAAAUGGACAAAAAAUAAUAUACCGCCAAAGAAUCUUGAAUGACACACAAGAUAUCAAGACUACUAUCAAAAAUAAUCGACGUUAUAACUUCGCUCCAGCAAAACUGUUAGGUCCACUUGAACCAGAAGAUGUCAAAGAAAAAAAACCAUUAGUAGAAGUAAAUACUGACUUGGACUGGAUUAAGAAAUGGCAUCACGGCAUUGUACCAUACUUUAUUGAUUCUAGUUCAUAUGAUGUACAACUUAUGGAAACGAUAGUAAAAGCAUUUGACUAUUUCGAAAAGGCUACCUGCAUCCGACUACAGCGACUACGGGAGAGGCCAGUAGAUACGCAGUCACUGCAAAGUGUAGAGUGGCUAUACAUCGCCAAUCCUUCUGGAAUAAAACAGUGUGUGCAUAGCAAUGAAAAGAAACCUAAUAACGGUGUUCAGAUGGUUGUCUUCGGGUAUGACUGCAUGUCCUUGGGAGAAAUAGUUCAUGAAGUAAUGCACAUAUUGGGAUUUUCUCAUGAACACACCAGACCUGAUAGAGAUAGAUAUUUAACAAUAAAAUGGGACAAUAUUAAACCAGGAUACAAAAAGUAUUUCUCAGUUCGUGAAGAAGAUCCUCUUUCAAGUUUACCGUAUGAUUACGCAAGUGUACUCCAUUAUCCCCCUCGGGCAUUUUCUAGGAACGGGAAGGUUACUAUAAUGACUGAGAAUGGCGUUAAAAUUGGACAAAGGGAAGCUUUGAGUGAAACAGACGUUGAAAAGGUGUCUAUAGUUUAUAGUGCGGAAUGUACAAAACGUAAUAAAGAAUAUCUUUUAAAGACAUGCCCUAGUGUUAUACACCGUACCCCAGAUAAAAAUACUGUAAAAAGUGAAGAAAUCGAUGAAUACUUCAAGGAAAGAAUCUGGCCCUAUGGCAUUGUAAACUAUAAAAUAAGAGAUGCAAUGGAAUUCACUACUGAGGAAAAGGAAAACAUACAGGCGGUGCUUAGACACAUCGAAAAAGAGACAUGCAUUGAAUUUAGAAAUUUAAAUACGAAUAAAGAUUCUCCAGAAAAAGAUGAAGACCCAAAUGAAAGUGACGAAAAUGUAACACCAGCUGGUCAUCCGCUGCAAAAUAAAGAAGUUACGAUUGCAAACAAUGAAAAUGAACAUUUGUCAGACUCUACGCUUGCACCUUUAGUUGAAUCUGACUUUUCUAAUACAACUCUCAAGGAAAAUACUACUUCAGUGCAAUUAGAUGCUGAAAAUGAAAUUGUUAACGAUGAUAGAACAGACGAAGUAGUUGUUCUAUCAAAAACUAAAUUCAAUAAUCGAGUAAAACGUAAUGCAAAUGUUUCAUCACCGCUCAGACGACACGCCGCGAACAUUUUAACGCUAGUAAGAUCAUCAGAGCCUGGAUGUGAUUGUCCACCUUCAGGAAGACCUAACGGAAAUAAAGUGUUAAUGAUAAACAAUGACUGCUUUAAUUCAGUUAAUGACUUGUUACACUUAUUUGUUCACGUCCUGGGAUUGGACCAUCAACACAACAUGCACGACCGAGAUUAUUUUCUUAAAAUAGUGUGGGAUAAGCUUACUCCAGAUAUCAGAAGGGAAAUGGCUAAAAAGCUUCCUCCUGCAGCUUCAGCGGGUUUCGCUUACGACUACCAAAGUGUCAUGCAUUAUCCGUGGUUACAAAUAAAAGAUGGUGUUACUAAUAUCAUGUAUCCAAUUUGGAACGAUGGUUGGGCUAUGGGCCACUGGCAAGGCCUCAGCUUUACGGACGUUCAGAAACUCAAUCUUAUUUAUAAAUCACAAUGUGCGGAAAGAAGCAAAAGUGUAUCUGCGAAAAAAUUUAAACGACAAUAAAUGUUUUUAAAUAUGUA